GCAAACUGCAGACUCACACGCAGGACUCAACGGUACAUUCCUGGAAGGCAAGGCAGUCUAAUGGCAGCCACAAUCUUUUUCCUCGUCUGGGUGUUAUUCAUAACACACAGUGCGUGGACUCAAAGCGUGAGACAGCUCUAUGAUGGGUAUGAGACAGAGGACUGGUCUUCUCAUGACUUCAGUUGUCCCAGGGAAUGUUUCUGCCCUCCCAGCUUCCCUACAGCUUUAUACUGUGAAAAUCGAGGUCUCAAAGAAAUCCCUGUUAUCCCUUCAAGAAUCUGGUACCUCUACCUUGAAAACAACCUGAUAGAAACCAUCCCCGAGAAACCAUUUGUGAAUGCUACCCAGCUUCGAUGGAUCAACCUAAACAAGAACAAAAUCACCAACUAUGGAAUUGAAAAGGGGGCCCUGAGUCAGCUGAAGAAGCUGCUUUUUCUAUUUCUGGAAGAUAAUGAACUAGAGGAAGUGCCUUCGCCCCUGCCAAGAAGUUUAGAGCAGUUACAGUUAGCUAGAAACAAGGUGUCCAGAAUUCCUCAAGGGACCUUCAGCAAUCUGGAAAAUCUGACACUUCUUGAUCUACAACACAAUAAACUACUGGACAGCGCCUUUCAAAGAGACACCUUUAAGGGCCUCAAGAACCUCAUGCAGCUAAAUAUGGCCAAGAAUGCUCUGAGGAGCAUGCCGCCCCGACUGCCAGCCAAUACAAUGCAGCUGUUCCUGGAUAACAAUUCCAUCGAAGGGAUACCAGAAAACUAUUUCAACGUCAUUCCAAAAGUGGCCUUCCUGAGGCUAAAUCACAACAAGAUAUCAGAUACAGGCCUUCCGUCAAGAGGUUUUGAUGUGUCCUCAAUUCUAGACCUGCAACUCUCUCACAAUCGGCUCACAAAGUUUCCCCGAAUCAGUGCCCGCCUGCAGCACCUGCACCUUGAUCAUAACAAAAUUCAAAGUGUGAAUGUCUCCAGGAUAUGUCCUACUCCUAUCACACUGCGGGCAGACCAAGAUGUCUUCAUCCACGGACCUCAACUGAGUUACCUCCGACUGGAUGGAAAUGAAAUUAAACCACCAAUCCCAAUGGACUUAAUGACAUGCUUCAAGCUCCUUCAAGCCGUCAUCAUUUAA